CUUCAGCGUUCUCUCUAAUCUCUGUGGCGACUGCUCAGCGUCCGUAAAAUAGCGCUGUUUUCGUAGGCUCGAUUUACACCGCUCUCUGGCUUGAUUUCUUCCAAACGAUACCUCAAGUCAACUUCAAGCUCCAGGUGAACAGGUGGUAACAAAUGAACUGCAUAGUCAAGUUCCUAUAGUAUGUAAAGUAAUUUGUUACACAACGGGACCAAGGUACACGAUGAAACCAAACGAGAAGAAUUUCCACUGUAUCCAAUGUGACGUAUCCUUUACAGAUUCUCAAAGUCUAGACCAGCACUGUGAAACACACAGUGUUGUGGAGAAACGCAUUUGUAAUCAGUGUGGCACCUCAUUCGAAAGUGCAUCUAGUCUGGGAACACAAAACGUCACCAACAGUUCCUUAAAAUGUGCCGAGUGCAAUGAGGCUUCUACGGUGAACACCGAUGUUGUUCCCGCGCAAGAGAGGAGUCACAAUGAUCUUCAAAGGACUCAUAGUGGCAAAAAACCUAAGAAAUGUUCCGAGUGUGGCAAGGAAUUUGCAUGUCACGCGAAGCUUCUGAGGCAUAUGAAGACACAUAACAGAGAGAAAUCCUACAAGUGCUCGCUUUGUGAUGGAGAAUUCGCUCACAAUGCAGCUUUUCUGAAACACCAAUGGACACACCAUGGUGUUAAGCCUUACUGGUGCACUAUUUGCAAUAAAAGGUACUCUGCAAGUUCAUCUCUUGCAGUGCACAAAAGAUGGCAUAGUGGUGUGAAACCUUUUGAGUGUACUCAAUGUGACAAGACAUUCAGGAAUUCCUCAGCCCUCAAGUGCCAUACGGUGACACAUUCUGAUGCCAAGCCUUAUAAAUGUACUGAGUGUGACAAACAAUUCCCACGUCAAAGGUCCCUUUCACGUCAUAAGGUGGUACAUAGUAAAGCAAAACCGUACAAAUGUGCUCAAUGCGACAAGGCAUUUUCAGACUCCACAACGCUUUUGCGUCAUAAAAGAACUCACACUGGCGAAAAGCCCUAUAAAUGUACACAGUGUGACAAGGAAUUCACAGAUUUCUCAUCCUUUUCGCGUCAUAAGAAGACUCACAUCACGGAGAAGCCGUUUAAAUGUAACGAAUGUGACAAGGCAUUCAGGGAUGCCCCAGCUCUUGAGCGUCAUAAGAAGGUUCACAUCAAGGAGAAGACGUAUAACUUUGAUAGACCCUACAAAUGUACUCUUUGUAAUGGACAAUUUUCUCACAGGUCAUCUCUUCUGCAACACGAAAAGCUCCACACCGGAGACAAGCCUUACAAAUGCAGUGUGUGUGGUAAAGGCCAUAGGACUAAAUCAAGGCAAAUUCAACACGAGGUGGUCCACGGCACUGAGAGACCUCACAAAUGUCGGAUUUGUGAGGAAACCUUUCGAUUUCCCGCCAAUGUCUAUCAGCACGAGAGAAGCAAACAUAGCACUGAAUUCCAAUUUGCCUGUCCUCUUUGCGGUCAGCGUUUUCUUCGAAGUGGGGAGCUUGAAAAACACACCAAACAGCUUCACCAAACAGAGAAGCCUCGUCAGUCAGAGAAGCCACGUCGUAAAUCUACUCACCGCAAUCAGUCUGAACAAGAAGGGCCAUUCAAUUGCAGUGAAUGCGAACUAAGUUUUAGGUUGAGACGGAAUCUCGUUAGGCACAUGGUGGCACACAACGAUGAAAGACCCUUUAAAUGCAGCCACUGCGAAAGGCGUUUCAAAAUGAAACAAAAUCUCAACCAACACAUGUCUUCACACUCGAUUGUUAGACAGCCGUUGGAGUGCAGUGUGUGCGAAAAGGCUUUCCCAAAUGGAUAUAAGUUAAACAGACACAUGUUAUCACACACCAAUGAGCGAUCCUUUAAAUGCACUCAGUGUGGAAAAGGUUUCAAGUUGAAAGCCCAUCUUAAGUCGCAUAUGUUUUCACACACGGAAGGGAAACCGUACAAAUGUACGCAGUGCGACCGGGCUUUUAGAUCGGCAGAUUACCUGAAGUUACACGAGUUGUCGCAUAUCGAUGAGCUGCCCUUCAAGUGCAGCCACUGCGAAGGUGCUUUCAAGUCAAGACACCAUCUCAAGAGACACAUGUCGGAACACACUAGGGAGGAAACCGUUCAUGUGUACGUAGUGCAGUAAGUGUUGCAGGAGCCAUGCCACGGUUCACCCAUCUUGAUAACUUUAGCCUAAAUGAUUCAAGUUCGUCGUUUGUAAUCCGUGUCAAUCUUCUCCAUCCUUAACCAUCCUUGUU